CCCCAGCACACUUGAGCUUUUGCCUUUUUGUUUUUCCUUUGCGAGCUAAGUUGAUGUACUAACUUGCAGUCGCUUUCUAGUGCUUGCCCCAACCUUCCAGCUAGUCUGGAACAAACAAUGACCCCUCAGAUCAAGACCGACCCAGAAAAUAUGUCUUUGUCCCAGUCAUCUCUGCACCACUUGGACCACGUCUCCCAGUCAAGGCAAUCACAAAUGAUCCCAGGAAUCCCCACCAUGGCCUCUAGAGGAAUCCAGGAUGAUGAACUUUCGAGCCAGGACAAUUUCUCUUUGUGUUCAAGUACCCACUACAGCCAUGGGACCUCCAGUGACUUCAAGGGUUGGGCUCUGAGUGACGUGGAUGCACUUGACAACGGUGCCAUGUCCAAGCCAGAUUCACCCGAAGUUCAGAUGUUGUCUUACUCUUUCUCUCAGCAGCUUCUGCCAACUACUGUUGGUCCUAGUGAUGUAAUGUAUCAUCACGCCGGAUCCGAUUUCUCCAGCAUGCAGGACAUGUCCGAACAGAAUGACAUGGACUUUUCCCACGCACAAGAAUUCAACCACUACUCCUCGCUGGUUGACUUGUCUGCUUUUGAUAAUGAUGUUUGUGGACCAAAUGGUGCCCAGUCCUGCUCUACCGACGAUGCUCUUUCCGUCGGGCAAAGUUCCCACGCAGAUGACAGCCACCUGGCUGCCAACGACGCAUGGAACUCCAUUGUUGCAGACUCCCGGAAUUACCAAGGAUCGCCCAUGGACCAGUAUACCACUAUGUUCCAGCCUGUACCCGUCUCCCCUCCUCUCACUGAAGCAAGUAAUGACGUUGCUGUUACCUCUUGCCACACUGGAUACCCCACUUUCAUGACCCACGAAGAUGCUAUGCUCAAGGAUAUCACUGCCACACCCGUUGGAAGCCACGGACUUAACUUGGGAGACCCUCUGUUCCCACUCACCCCGCCUCUGAGUGAACAGGACCCCAACCGAACCAUCAGAGCCACCAAGAAUGCUCGUAGACCGGCUCUUCAGACCUCGCCGUCACAGACCCAGGUGAAACAGGACCCAGACUUCUUUCCCCCUCUGCCCGUCAAGGAUACUCUUCGACAGAAAGCCAAGGAAAGCUCCGAGCUGCGCAACCCCAGGGACCACCCUUACUACUCUCUGCCUACCUUCAGUGAUGGCAAGUACUACUGCCCGUACGCCAAGUCCGACAAGCCUUGCAACCACCCUCCCACUACCCAGAAGUGCGCUUACCACAAAUACCUUGACUCCCACUUGAAGCCCUACCGCUGCAAGGUGCCCGCCUGCAUGGAUGCUCAGCUGCAGUUCUCUUCUAAUGCUUGCCUUUUCCGCCACGAGCGCGAGGCUCACGGAUUCCACGGCCAUGGUGAUAACCCUCACCUCUGUCUUUUUGACGGAUGCGACCGUUCUGUUCCGGGCUAUGGAUUCCCUCGCCGCUGGAAUCUCUUUGACCACAUGAGACGGGUUCACGACUACCAGACAUCUGAGAGGCACAGCUCCCCGGACGCCUCUCCCACGACCGGACCCAGCAAGAAGAAGGAGACUGGACGUAAGCGUCGGGUGACCGGCGUCACUGCUGCCCCAACGAUGAAGCGUACCCGGUCCACCCAGUCCCAGACCAACCCAUUGAAGGCUGCGCAGCAAACGUCUGCUCACCACAACCAGCGCCUCCAGAAUGCGGAGAGGAACUACUACAACUGCCGCUCCCGCUUGCUUGAGGAAAUCAGCAACAUCGCUCCGCAGGACUCGGCCAUGCAUGAGAAGGUCAACGCUAGCCUCCAGGAACUCAUUACCUUGGGGCUGAACUUCCGCAGCAUCGAAGCUAGCCAGGCUGCUGCCCAGUUCAACGGCCUCACCGCAUGAAUGAUUUCAUGCAAUCUUUGACCAGCGACCUGUCGCGCGGACAAUGCUUCGCAGGGAGGACC